CACGGUUCUCAGUCCCCGCGCCUCCGGUCCCGCUCCAGGCCGCCUCGCGUCAGGACGCAGCUUCCAGACCGGAAUCAUCCAAACCGUUACUCCGGGAACCUCACCGCAAACUCCCCCGCGAGUCUGCAGCGGAACACACACGCGCACACGCAAAGAAAAGUUGGACUCGGAGCUUUUCCUCUUUUUCUUCUUCUUCUUUUCGGUUUUUUCGUGUUGAAGUAACUUUUUUCAGAGCAGACAGGAUUGAACUCCAUCCGCACCUGCAGCAUGACGCGCAGAUCGUGCGCGGUGUACACGGUGGGGGUGAUCUCCGCCCACCUGCUGGUGGUGGGGGUCGCCCUCAUGGUGGCUCAGGUCUUCCGCACCGUGAUGCACGACCGUCUGAAGAAGGAGAUCGUUCUGGUGGAGGGCAGCCGGGUGUUUGAGUCCUGGAAGACCCCCCCGCCUCCGGUCUACAUGGAGUUCUUCUUCUUCAACGUGACCAACGUGAAUGAGUUCCUGGGGGGGGCCAAGCCCCAGGUCAGCCAGGUCGGACCCUACACCUACAGGGAGUACAGGUACAAGGACAACGUCAGCAUGCUGGACGGCAACAACAGGGUGUCCGCCUACAACACCAAGAGCUUCGUGUUCCUGCGGGACCGGUCGGUGGGCGACCCGGCCGAGGACAACAUCACCACCGUCAACAUCCCGGCGUGGGCCGUCAUGAACAAGGUGAAAGACAGCUUCUGGAAGUCGUCCGUGGUGUCCCUCCUGAUGAACUCGGUGGGCAGCGGCCUCUUCACCACCCGCACCGUGGACGAGCUGCUGUGGGGCUACGAGGACCCGCUGCUGAGGCGCGUCGCCGCCACCAGCCCGGACGUGGAGGCGGUGUUCGGCCUCAUGUAUAAGAAAAACGGGAGUAACGACGGAGAGUUCGUCUUCAACACCGGACAGCAGAACCACCUGGACUACGGUCGGGUCGUGACAUGGCAAGGUCAAAGCCAGCUGACCUUCUGGUCGUCAAACCAAAGCAACUCCAUCAACGGGUCUGACGGCAGCGCCUUCCACCCGCUGCUGGACCGGAAGGAGCGCAUCUACGUCUUCACUCCAGACCUGUGCAGGUCCAUCCACAUGGACUUCGAGAAGGACGUGGAGGUGAAGGGGAUCCCGGCGUUCCGCUUCACGCCGCCGCGCUCCGUCUUCGCCAGCAAGGAGGAGAACCCGGCCAACGAGGGCUUCUGCGUCACGCCGCAGGAGUGCCUGGGAACCGGCCUGCUCAAAGUCAGCCCCUGUCGGAAAGGAGCCCCCGUCGUCGCCUCCUUCCCUCACUUCUUCCUGGCUGACUCCCAAUACGUGUCUGCUGUCGGCGGCAUGAGGCCCGACCGGGCGCACCACCAGACCUUCCUGGACCUGAACCCGACCACCGGAGUGAUCGUCCGAGCCAGCAAGAGAGCGCAGAUCAACAUCCUGAUGAACCGAGUCUCCGGAUUCCCGAAAACCAGGACUCUGAACGAAACCGUGUUUCCUGUCAUGUUCCUCAACGAGAGCGUGGUGAUCGACGACGCGUCGGCGGCCCGGAUCCACAAGCUGCUGCUGAUCGUCACGCUGGGCUCCAACUUCCCGCUGAUCAUCGUGGCGCUGGGCGGCGUCCUGCUGCUGGUCUUCAUCAUCCUCAUGGUCCGGGACCGCAAGCACAAGAGGGAAGUGAAGCGCAUUGUGUUUUCCAAGCCGCUUUAUGCUUCGUCCGCCGACGACGACACGUCCUACUCCCCGGUGCACAAGAAGGAGAAGGACGACCCCCAGAACGGGACCUACAUCGGCCUGACGCCCACAGCCGAGCCUCAGGCCUGAGGACCGGGGGUCGGGGGUCGGGGGUCGGGGGGCUCAGCGGGGGUGGGGGGUUAAAGGUCGAGGAGCUGGGUGUAUUCUCCAGCACGGCGUAGGGUUUGUUUGUAGUUGUGUUCACGGAGAGCUGCCUGAAGUGGAGCCCAGAGAGCAGUGGAGGCCAGGCACAGGCGUCCUGCGGCCGUCCGCCGUCCGUCCAGACGUGGCGUCCAUGCUGAGGCCCCGCCCCUCCUCGCCUCGCCUCGCCUCACCUCGCCCCGCCUCGCCCACCCCGUCCCGCCUCGCCCCGCCACGUCUUGCCCCGCCCCGUCCCGCCUCGCCACGUCUGACUGUCCCGUCCCGCUUCCCGUCGGACCGGCUGCAGUGUUUUAUGUUGGGUCCUCUCCGGAGCUGCUGGUGAGACGGGAUCCUAAACUAAAGCCUCCUCAGUCGGCACGGCCUUCCUGACUCCUCCAGCAGGUGGCGCUCAGCAGCGUCUGCAGCUCCAGGCCGCAGGGCAGAAUGAUCUGAUCACACUGUCAUUACAGCCACUUCACCUAAUCUGUUAACAACAACGUGCAGUUUAAAUCUGACCUGAGUGCUCCAGAGCCUCAGGAUUAGGUUCAAUUCCCACUUCAUCCCAGACUUCAUCACCCUGCCGCCGUCCUCAGAGAGCCCUGCUGGCUUGUGGGUAAAGUCGUGGCGACUGAGGAGACGCUGCCAAACCGCAUCGAGUCUCGCUUCAUUUCAUCCCAGACCCAGAGUUCCACUGAGAUCACUGUUAUUAUCUGUCCGUGCACUGUACUGAGAAGGAGACCUGUGCACGUGUGUUACCGUGCUUCAGAACACCCUCAGCCACUGGUCUGUGUGCGCACACACACACACAUGCACGCACGCACACACGCACGCACGCACGCACGCACGCACACACACACACACACACACACACACACACACACACACACACACACACACUCACACACACGUGCGCUGUAAGACAUGAUGCACUGCUUGCAUUCCUCUCAGUGUGUGACGGGAUGAAGAUCAGACAAACCGCUGUAUAUUUGGAGAUGUUAUUUUUGUAAAUUAAGAGCUCCUCCUCCCUUUAGUGUGUGUGUGUGUGUGUGUGUGUGUGUGUGUGUGUGUGUGUGGCUGUUGAUGUGGAGAAGUGUUAAACGUGACGCCGUGGCCACCAGGCGGGCUGCCGGCUGUCCUGACAGUAUUUUUCCUGCCUGUGCGGCGGCGGCGGCGGCGGCGGCGGCGGCGGCGGCGGCGGCGGCGCUGUGCCUCGGCAGGACGGACUUCCUGGAUCCUCUCUGUCCUUCGCUGAGAGUCUUGGGGGAAAAUGCAGAAAAUCUGCCCUCGAGUGCGUCUGUGGUUUUCCUGCCGCUGCCAGACAGAACAGAUGCCCCUGAGAUGUGAUGUUUGUUGUGUUUUCGUUCAUUUGUUGUACAGCCAGCAGGGUGAAACUGCACUGAAGACUUCAGGUCCCACUUUAAUGUUUUCUGCUCUGAAUGCUGCAGAGGUGUGAAGCGAGGAGCGUUUCCCCCUCAGGCCAGCGUUACACUGUGAUCCGGACUUCCUGGGCCUUCUCCCUUCACUGUUUGAUGCUCAUUUUAAUCUAGUUUGGAGCAAAAGCCUAAUUAAGUGGAUUUUAUGAAGUGAGUGAUGUGAAUGAAUGGAUCUGUGUGUUUUUUUUUCCUGUGAAACAAUCCAGUGUUACACCAUGUGGUCAAUAUCGUGUUGCUUUCCCACCCUGACAAUGCCAAAACGGAGGAAGCGCCACUCGUGCCAUACGCGGACUACAGAUUGUGUUUUCUGGAGUGGCGAUCGCUGCCAGCCGUUAUAUUCUUCUCGUUGUCAGCUUGUUGGAUGUACUGUUUUUACUCUGUACACAGAAAUAAAAGAAGUAGUUUCAGUAGA